GGAAGAACGAAUAUGUCGGCGGAUGGAACGAAGGCGCGAGAGGUGAAGGUGGUGCUGCUGGGCGACACGGGCGUGGGGAAGUCGUCCCUGGUGCUGCGGUUCGUCACGAACAACUUCCGACCGUACUCGGAGAGUACCAUCGGUGCGUCCUUCAUGAGCAAGAUGCUCUUGGUGGGGGACCAGGCGAUCAAGUAUCAAAUUUGGGACACGGCGGGACAAGAGAAGUACCAUUCGUUGGCCCCCAUGUACUACCGCGGCGCCGCGGCGGCCAUCGUCGUGUACGACAUCACCCGCAAGCAAUCGUUGGUGACGUUGAAGAACUGGGUCAAGGAACUCAAGCAACUCGGCCCAGACAACAUUGUGAUUGCGAUUGCCGGCAACAAAUCCGACUUGGACGACAAGCGGGAAGUCAGUUCUGCGACCGCCAAAGCAUACGCGGACGAGAUUGGCGCCGUGUUCAUUGAGACGAGUGCGAAGGAAGACACGAACGUGCUCGACUUGUUCAAGACCAUCAGCCAGCAACUCCCAAGUCCUGCCGGCGACAACCAUGCGCUGCCCGAGAUCGUCGAUCCUUAUGGAUCGGGAAAGGCCAAGGGAGGAUGCUGUUAAUGAACUCUCAAUUGGUGUCACGUCUAUGCCUGUAUAUGCAUUCUC